CCGGUCGCCAACGGUCGCUGUAGUUCGAUGUUGCUUUUGUCACCGGAAAUCGCCAACCCUCCAUUGAAAUGAAUGGGAUAUUGUCGCUUUGUCGCUGCCUGUUGCUUGUAGUGUGAACGGUGCUUAAGUGAGACUUCUUUAAAAAAAAUAUUAUUUUUUAUUAAUAUAUUAAAUGUGUGUGUGUUAAAAUUUAAGUCAUUCAUAUAGCUAAAAUCUAGUAACUUAUAACUUAUGAAAUCAUUUAUUUUUUCAUAUUUUAUAAAUCUUUCAUGUUGUGCUAUAAUCAGGAGUAACAAACAAUAAUAGUAAAAAAUUGCAACAUCACACCUACAUUAAGUUCCAAAUGUAAAAUGGAAAGGAUGAAAUUGCCUCAUGAGUCUCAUGUUUCCCCUCAUACAGUGCACUGUCCCCCAGUGUCUUUGCUGUGGCCUGUGGUGGUUUAAGACAAGGUUUGGGUGUGUGUUUGUCUAUGUGUGUCUGUGGGUCUUUCUCUGUGUCUUUAACUGUUGUCAUCCCUGUAUGUGGGCAGCUCUGUGUCCAGGAAGCUGUGGUUUAAAUCAAAGAGGCCUAUCUAAGGUCUUCCACUUGUUGUCACUCCUCAGGGCAUGUACCAUUGUGUCUAGAAGACACCGCCAGAUCAUUUGCAUGAAACGAUGGAAUCUUUAGUGUUAGGCGUUGAAAAAACAGUAGGGAUUUUUUUGUUGUUUUGUUUUUUGUGCAGUUUUCACUUUCUGGUGAAAACAUGGUGCCUAUAUGUUUCAUUAUUGACCUCCUACUCUCCUACACAGCAUUUAGUGACUGGAAAAUGUUGAUCACUGCAUGAGGAAGUCCGUUAUAGAUGCGUGUUUCAUAAUGCCUCUGUUACAUCUUUAUGCCUUUUUGGUAUCUACAAGUACAGCAUUUUUAAUGCCUGCUUUAUUUUCUUUCAGUCCCAGACAUGCGUCUUAGUAAAGCAUGUGUCUGUUGACAAGCUUAGGAACAUUCUUGAAGCAUCAGCACCUGCGCAGGGUGGAGGGUUGUCAUUUAAGAGCUGGCGGGGGCGGUGAAGGAUAUGUCUGAGUUUCCUGUUGUGGUGAUUUGAUCCGAAUGCGAGACUUUGCCGGUUGCAAAGCACUAAAGCAUAAACCACACCAACCUUAACACGUUGUCAUAGAGUUAUAUAGAGUUAUUAACUCUAUAUACCUCUAUAUACCAAUUUCUUAAACACAUUGGGGCAUCAAAAGCUAAAAAAGUCUGUGUUGGGGAUAUACAAAGAGGGAAACUGAGAAAAAGAGGGAGAGAUGCUGUCAGACGGGAAACAUCCUCCCACAUCCCACAUCAGCAAAAACACAUGCUCACAACAGUUUGCCCCAUUUUGCUGAAGUUAUCAGUCACUUCAAUCUCUCUCGCUCUGUGUUUUUCUCUCUUUCUUUCUUAAACAUCAUUUUUGACAGUUUCUGAUCUAGAGAGACUCUUCGACCCCUCGUCGUCUCCAUCAUGUCCGAUCCUGCCGCGGACCUCCCGUUCUUCUAUGGCAGCAUCAGUCGCUCGGAGGCCGAGGAGCACCUGAAGCUGGCCGGCAUGGGAGACGGCAUCUUCCUCCUGCGCCAGUGCCUCCGCAGCUUGGGCGGCUAUGUCCUGUCCCUGGUUUGGAACCUGGACUUCUACCAUUACUCCAUUGAAAAGCAGCUGAACGGCACAUACUGCAUCGCAGGUGGGAAGCCUCACUGCGGACCUGCUGAGCUCUGUGAGUACUACAGCAAAGACCCAGACGGGCUCGUGUGCACCUUGAAAAAACCCUGCCUGCGUACGUCUGACACACCAAUCAAGACGGGCGUCUUUGACAGCCUGAGGGACAAUAUGCUCAGGGAAUAUGUGCGUCAAACUUGGAACCUGGAGGGAGAAGCCAUGGAACAAGCCGUCAUUAGCCAGGCCCCACAGCUAGAGAAACUGAUUGCCACCACAGCGCAUGAGAAAAUGCCCUGGUUCCAUGGCAAGAUCCCUCGCCAGGAGGGUGAGAGACGACUGUACUCGGGAUCUCAGCCGGAUGGAAAGUUCCUAGUCCGAGAGAGAGACGAAUUUGGCACGUACGCGCUGUCAGUGACAUACGGAAAAACAGUAUAUCAUUAUCAGAUCUUACACGACAAAUCAGGGAAAUACGCAAUGCCAGAGGGAACUAAAUUUGACACUGUGUGGCAGCUGGUGGAAUAUUUAAAGAUGAAGCCUGAUGGUCUUGUGACUGUCCUGAGAGAACCGUGUGUCAACCAAACCAACGCAGCAUCAGCUCUUGCGGCUAAUCCGAGGAGGCGAAUAGGAGGUAAUGGAUACACACCACCCCCUAUGGUGCCCAAGCCUUUGGGAGCUGAAUCUCCACGUCCAUCUUUGCCUAUGGACCAUGAUGCAUUCACCAGUCCUUAUGAUGAUCCAAACGAAUGCAAGAAGAAGACCCUGUUCAUCAAGAGAGACAAGCUCAUGAUCGACGAGGUGGAGCUUGGCUCGGGCAACUUCGGAUGUGUCAAGAAAGGCGUAUUCAAAAUGGAAAGCAAGCAAAUCGAUGUGGCAAUUAAAGUGCUGAAGAAUGAGAAUGAAAAAUCAGUAAAGGAUGAAAUGAUGCGAGAGGCCCAGAUUAUGCAUCAGCUGAGUGAUCCGUUCAUCGUACGCAUGAUUGGACUCUGUGAGGCUGAAGCGCUCAUGUUGGUAAUGGAAAUGGCCCCCGCUGGCCCACUCAACAAGUUUCUCUCUGGAAAGAAGGACCAGAUCACUACAGAAAACAUUGUGACGUUAAUGCAUCAAGUCUCAAUGGGGAUGAAGUAUUUAGAAGGAAGGAACUUUGUGCACAGAGACCUGGCAGCCCGUAAUGUACUAUUAGUCAACCAGCAGUAUGCCAAGAUCAGUGACUUCGGCCUCUCCAAGGCACUGGGUGCAGAUAACAACUAUUACAAGGCCCGUACAGGAGGUAAAUGGCCUCUGAAGUGGUACGCUCCAGAGUGCAUUCAGUUUCAUAAGUUCUCCAGCAAAAGUGACGUUUGGAGCUUUGGCAUUACUAUGUGGGAGGCCUUCUCCUAUGGAGGAAAGCCUUAUAAGAAAAUGAAAGGCCCAGAGGUAAUGAGCUUUAUUGAAAGUGGUAGUCGCAUGGAUUGCCCUGCGGGAUGUCCUGAAACCAUGUAUGAACUGAUGAAGGAGUGCUGGACGUACAAGCAUGAAGACCGGCCAGGAUUUGUCAAAGUGGAGGAGAAGAUGAGAACUUUCUAUUACUCCAUUUCCAAAAAGAUUCCAGAUUACAUGAAAACAGAGAACGGAAAGCCUCCUAAAUGAUCACAAGGGCAAAUCUAUAAUGUAUUUUGAAUUUAGCCUUGCAUUGUGUUUUAGGGUUAAAGGAAAUGUCUGCAAACUUAAUGGAUGAUGUGCUGGCAGAAAAAUGGUCAGAACCUUUUCCGUUUUUGUACAGAUUUUUUUUUUCCCCCCCAGUUGGUUCCUUUGAAGUGUGUUUUGAACAAGGACAGAAUGUGAAUAACAGUUUUAAAAUACCUGCUUCAAACUAUUGAGCAAUGCAAGUCAGCUUUUUUUAAAUGAUUGGCCUGCUAUUAUCAGUGCUCAUAAUACUAUUUGUGUUCAGUGCCUACUUACUAUUUAUAUGCUAUGAAAUGUUUUUCUUGCUGCAAGUGUUUCUGUUAUUGACAUCAGAUGGAAGUAUCUUCUUUCAAGAUAAAAAGAAAUGCUUAUUCAAACUUUACGGUCUUGUUUUUUUGAUAGAUAAUUUGAUUGUAAGUUUCCUGCAAUUUGUAAUAUUCCUUUUAACAAAACAUUUUCCUAAACAUUUGUAUGAUAAUUCAUUUUGUGACACUU